AUGGGUUGGGGCAGAACCUCCGCCGGAGACCGGUCUCUGGGGACCGGGUUGGGGGACCUGCCGGAGAGCUGCGUAGCCACGGUGCUGGCGCAUCUGGACCCGCCGCAGAUCUGCCGGAUGGCGAUGCUGAACCGGGCUUUUAGGGGGGCUUCGUCGGCGGAUUUCGUCUGGGAGUCGAAGCUGCCCUCGAAUUAUGGUGAUGUUAUUGGUAAAGUGUUUGAGAAAGAUGAAGGCUUUUGCGAAGGUCUUCGCAAGAGGGAUAUAUAUUCCAGGCUUUGUAUGCCUAAUUAUUUGGAUGGUGGCACAAAGAAAGUGUGGUUGGACAAGAACACAGGCAAGACUUGUAUGUUGAUAUCAUCAAAUGGGUUGGCGAUUACAGGGAUCGAUGACCGGAGAUAUUGGAGCCGCAUUCCAAUGGAAGGAUCAAGAUUCUCGUUAGUGUCGUACCUCCAGCAAACAUGGUGGUUCGAAAUCGAUGGCGAGCUCGAUUUCCCAUUCCCAACUGGCUCGUACAGUCUCUUUUUCAGACUGCAGCUAGGCCGCACGCACAAGAGGUUCGGCCGGCGUUUAUGUAACUCGGAGCACGUUCAUGGCUGGGACCGGAAGCCCGUUCGGUUCCAGCUCUCGACUUCGGACGGGCAUCAUUCGACUAAACAGUGUUACUUGAACUCGAAGGAACCCGGUAAGUGGGCCCACUAUCACGCCGGGGAUUUUACCGUCGGUAAAAACAACUGCAGGUCGGUAAAGGUCAAGUUCUCAAUGACCCAGAUUGACUGCACGCACACGAAAGGCGGCGUGUGUGUAGAUUCCGUGUUGAUAUACCCAACCGAGUACAGGGAGAGGUUACAGAGUUUUUAA